AUGGCCAAGGGCAAGAACCUAAAUCCCGCAGAUGCAUUUCGCAAAGCGCAGCGAAAGAAGGAACUCAAAAAGAACAAGACCGAGAGGUCCAAAGCCCGAGACUUUGCGCUAGUCAAGAAGGACACCAAAGACCUUGAGGAAGAGAUCGAGAAGCUUGAGGCCAAAGGCGAAUCAAGCAAUGCAGACAAGAGUCGUCUUACCGAGCUCAAGUCCGAGCUAGAGAAGAUUAUGAAGAAGAAAGAAGAGUAUGUGGCAGAGCACCCGGAGCAUCGUCGACUGGUGUAUAAAGCUCGGAAGCAAGACGGUGGUGAGGACAAGCCCGAGGAACAACCUCUGCCCCAGAAGAGGAAUUUGUUCAAUAAACAUGGGCUCCCUCGCCACCCCGAAAGAAGUAUAUACUACGACCCGGUCAUGAAUCCAUACGGUGUGCCUCCUCCAGGAAUGCCUUACGCUGAACGGCCUUUGCGUCCAGACGAAGUCAACAGUGAUAUUGAAUUCGAAGAUGGUGAGUCAAAUACUGGUGAUUCCAAAGACUCACUGCUGAUAUCAUAUUGGAUAGAUGACGAUGACAUUGCUAUGCCUGAAGGCCCGCCGCCUGGUGUGUCAGAACUUCCUGUCGACAGUGACGAAGAUAUCCCGAUGCCCGAUGGACCUCCCCCAGGGCAAGAAUUUGAGGAAUCUGUGCCUGAAAAUCCACCUUUACCUCCUGGUCCACCCCCACUUCCAGUUGGCCUUCCCCCGCCACCACCGUCCUUCCCUCCUAACUUCAUGCCAAAUUUCCCUCCACCUCCCCCUGGCGCACCCCCCGGUCAGCAAUUCAUACCAAUGAUGAACUUCCCCCCUCCACCCCCGGGAUUCCCGUCCAUGGGAGGCCUACCUCCACCUCCACCUCCUGGCUUCCCUGGGCAUAUGCAAAUGACUGGCAUCCCGACGCAGCCAGCUUUCCCUCCACCUCCACCUGGAUUCUUUCCCAAACGAUCGCAAUCUUCUUCCGCGAUGCAGGAUCCCCUAUCGUCCGUCCCUCACCAGACUUUCCAGGCGCAUCGCGCGGGUCAGCACGCGCCUAACAUGCCCCCUCCUCCUCCCGCACACCCUUCUCUCCCUCCCAAGCCCCCAGCGAUUGCUGCGAGUCCCCGAGUCAUGGUGGCUGCCACCGUUGAAGUUGCAGCACAAUUACGAGACUUCAAGAAAGAAGCGACGGCAUUUGUACCGGCAGCAGUGAAGCGUAAGAAGGCUACCCCGGCCUCCGCUGGUGGCUCCUCGGCAAGGAUCAAUGCUGCACCGUUACUGGGUGCGCCAGAAGGUGACGACGCGCUAGAGGACUCUGCUCCGGUCGCAGCACGUCCCAACCUUCUGUCUGCACUCAAGGGUCAUUUUGGUCCCGCCCCAACGCAUACUCCGCCAGCUGACAGAGCCGCUCCCGGUAAACCACAACCUGCGAAACAAGACGACUACGCUAAAUUCAUGGAGGAAAUGGGUGAUCUAAUAAGACACGCCUUCCAAGCUUCUCACCCAACCACGUUGUCUCAGCUCCACUCGAUGAGCACGCAGACUCAGAUUUUGCUGCAGCCGCGACCUUAUGCCAGUUCUGCUGGUCGACUGCUGCUCCUGCCGUUGCUACCCCACAGAAGGCCGUUGAAACCACUUCCUUCGGAGAUAUGGUCGCACAUAUUCAACCUUGCUGUAUUGGAUGAAGAGGGGACGACGGGGGCUGCAGGUGCUCUCUUGACGGUGUGCAAGGGGUUCUCGGAAGCUGUCCUUCCUUUGGUAUACGCCAGUGUCUGUAUAUCGAAGACGUCGACUUUGGAAUCGUUCUGCACUCGGCUUCAUGCUGCGGACCAGAAGUGGGAUUCCAUUCGUCGGAUACCUUAUUCCGCGCCGGGCCGUUGGGUUCAAGCGUUGGAUAUAUCGAAUAUAACAUUUACUUCGCGACUUCAAGCGCUGCAAAUGGACUCUCUUCUGACCUCGUUGUUCCCCUUAGUGCCAUUCCUAGCACACUUCACAUUGAACCCAUCCUUCCUGCUCAGCAAACGCGCGGUCAAAUCCUUAGCGCGCCGAGAGGGCGCCUCCAAUAUCCUCACCCUUCGGGGAAUAGGCUAUGUUCCGUCUAUUUCCGCUGCGGCGGGCGUAGAAGGAGACCCACUAGUCGAGCUGAUGCGUCGCUGUAUCAACCUCGAGGAGCUAGAGGUCAUCGACCAAGGCCCUGAUCCCAGCGAAUCAGAAUUCCUGUCAGACUUGCCAACCGCCCAACUUCCCGAACACUUCACACCCCUCAGCCUUGACCACCUGCACACACUAACGCUGCUGUCGAUGCACUCAUCUCCCCUCAUGUUAGCUAUGCUUGAAUCUCCACUCCCCGCUUUACGAAAGUUAACGAUCACGCCUUACGACGAUAUUCCGUACCCUACUUCCAUUGUCAAUCAAUUUAUCGCUACUCAUGGUACUGACCUUCGAUCAUUAUCAUUAUUAACUCCGAAAUCGUGGCCUUCUCGGCUCCAUCCCUCACCUCCAGACGUUCUGCUUUCUUCCCCAUCGCUGCGACACUUGUCUUUGGAAUUUCCCCUUCCAGAGCUACGCCACCCCCAACGCGAGUCAUUGUCAGACCCACAUCCCCUGCAGAUCCUUUCUAUUCCCCGGCCGACGCUUGACUUUUGGCGGAUCCUCCAACGUUUACUGCCCCACCUCCCGGCUCUCCAGGUCGUCCGCGCCCGAGACGUUCGAUGGCUUCGCAAGGGCAUGACUUCGCGUGCUCAGGAGGCAGGUAUCCAAGGGGAGUUGAGAGAAUGGCAAAGACGGCUGAUUCGAAGAGGUAUCCGUGUUCUCGACGCCGAUUGGCAAGAGAACAACUAA